AUGGGUGGUCUCUUUUACGCUUCAACGUUCCUCGACAAAGCUGAAGGUCGGACAUUGCUGAUGAAGGCGUGUCGAUCUCAAUCGUUUAAAAUUCAUCCGAUGACAAUGACGGCAACGGCGGUGACAAACAAGAAAGAAAUUAAUGUCACUAGCAAUGUGAAACGCACCUUGAGAGAAGUUUACUAUUUAAAGAAUUUGAAAUAUCUUAGGGAAGAUUUGAACCCGACAGUUGUGAUUUUCAUCAAAGAAUUUCUCGCUCAACAUCCACUUCAAGGCGUCGAUGAUCUUUUUGCCGCCGCCAUUCCGCCACCAAUCGCUCCACCACCGGCUGCUUCUCAACCCGCCGCACUUCCACGAAAGCCAUCACUCACCAAUGAAGUCUCCAAUGUGGAUCUUCUUGGUGGAUUUGAUGCUCCGACAAUUCCAACUAUUGAGGCUAACCGUCCAUCACGCCCGGCUCCUGUUGAUCCGGUCAUCGAUUUAUUCGCACAAAUAUCCUCGACACCUGUGGCUUCUGCACCAGCCGCUGCACCAGCGCAAAACAAUAUCGAUUUAUUUGGUUUUGGUGCCGCUCCAAUCGCCGCCACCACCACGCCGACGUCCAAUUUCGAUGCUCUCGGAAGCUUGUCAUUCACCCCAGUUGCUAAUUAUCAAAUUCCCCUUCAAAGGCGAAGACGUUAG